AUGAAAGAAAUGUUAAAAUCAAAAAUAAUUACAAAAAGAAGUAUACAUUCUGUUAUGAGUGAAAGAAAUUUACUCGCAUAAUUAAAACAUCCAUUUAUUGUAAAUAUGAAUUAUGCUUUCUAAGAUAAAGAUAAUUUAUAUUUACUUAUGGAUUUAGUAAACGGAGGAGAUUUGAGAUUUCAUAUUGGUUAAUAGAGAAGAUUUAAAGAAACCUAAACAAAAUUCUUUGCAUGUUGCUUGAUACUUGCUCUAGAAUAUUUACAUAAUAAUAAUAUUAUUCAUAGAGAUGUAAAACCUGAAAAUCUUGUCCUAGAUACUAAUGGUUAUGUAAAAUUAACUGAUUUAGGUGUUGCAAGAGAAUGGAAGGAAGAAAAUGCUUAAGAUACAUCAGGAACUCCUGGAUAUAUGGCUCCAGAAGUAAUGUGUAGAUAAAAUCACGGAAUAGCCGUGGAUUAUUAUGCGUUAGGAGUUAUUGUAUAUGAAUUUAUGAUGGGAAGAAGACCCUAUUUAGGACGAAACAGAAGAGAAAUAAGAGACAACAUUCUUUCAAAAUAAAUUUAAAUAAAAAAACAUGAAAUUCCAGAAGGAUAUUCAAUUGAAGCUGCAGACUUUGUUAAUAGAAUGAUUUAAAGAAAACCUAUAAAUAGAUUAGGAUAUAAUGGACCUUAAAGUGUAAAAAAUCAUCCUUGGUUUAAUAAUUUUUAAUGGGAAAAAUUAUAUAAUAAAGAAUUAAAAGCUCCUUAUAUUCCUAUAUCAAUAGAAAAUAAUUAUGAAUAUAGAUAAUAAAUAUCAGUUGAUGAUAUAGAUUCAAAUGAAGAAUUAAAUUAAUAAAAUGCACUACUUUUAAGAAAAGAAAGUGUUUAAAAUUUGUUUGCUGGAUAUAAUUAUAAUAUUGAAGAAUUUUUAAAAUAAGCAUGA